GCUGCACUCUCUUUCUCUCUCCUCUCUGCAAGAAUAAAGUUUAGAGAGAGAAACUCGGAACAAAUAGAGAGAGAGAGAGAGAGAGAGCGCUUUAAAUGCUUCACUGACUUCCAGUUGCCGGAAACUCUCAUUCCUCGUUCUACAUUUCCCGGCAGAUUUGCCGGAAACUCUUCCUUGAAGCUCCGCCCCGCUUCAGAAGGAAUACUCCGGCGAAUCUUUCUUCACUCAUCUGAGCUCGCUUCCUUUUUCCUCUCAGAUCGAUAUUACCCUUUUAUUUGCUUUUGACUUCGUUAACUCAGCUCGACUCCAAAAGGCAGCUGUUCUCUCCGAGAUUUUUACUUUUAUUUCCCAGUUUCCGUUUCUUUUCUCUGUUCCUCUUCUGUUUUGGCUUUACUUUUUGGUAAAGAUUUUCUACAUUUUAUUUUGCGGGUUUAUGGAAGGUUUCUUUUGCUAAUGUUUCUGGUUUAGUCGGUACUUGGGGGUUUUUGUUACCUAUUCUGGGUUUCUUCAAAAUUUUCUCGUGGCCUCAAUUUCUCGCAGUUAGAGUAAAAAUCUCAAGGCCAUUUAUCUGCAUACGCAUAUUCGUGUGUAUGUGCUCAUAACUUUUGCAAAUUUUUUGAGGAUUUUAUAUGGUGGAGUUUGGUUCUUGAGGGCUUGGUAGAGUUUAAGAAUCAUUUGUAGUUUCAACGCCUAUUCAAAAGUCGUUUUGAUCCGCCAUUGCCCCUGUUUUCCUCAAAAGAGGAAAAGAUUUCUCUUUUUGGUGUUUGUUUAAACGGAGCAAUGUCUUGAGUAGUUGCAUUUUACUGAUUCUUGACAAUGAGAAGCCUACUUUGCGUUUUCUUUUUCAUGUUUUUGUCUCCAUUCUUAGUGAAAUCUUUGAACCCUUCUCUGAAUGAUGAUGUCCUGGGGUUGAUUGUGUUCAAGGCUGACAUUCAAGAUCCUGAUGGCAAAUUAAGUUCUUGGAAUGAAGAAGAUGACAGCCCUUGUAAUAAUUGGGUAGGGGUGAAAUGCAACCCCAGAUCCAAUAGAGUGUCUGACCUUGUUCUUGAUGGCUUUGGCCUUUCAGGAAAACUUGGCAGAGGACUCCUUCAACUGCAGUUCCUGCGAAAACUGUCGCUUGCCAAAAAUAAUCUUACAGGAAGCAUAAGCCUCAGCUUUUCUGAGCUCUCUGAUCUGAGGGUCCUUGACUUGAGUGAGAAUGGCUUCUCGGGUUCUAUUCCAAGUGAUUUCUUUAGCCAAUGUGGGUCUUUGAGAUCUAUUUCUUUGGCUAAAAACAGAUUCUCAGGCCCAAUUCCUGAGAGUUUAGGCUCCUGCUCGACUCUUGCUGCGCUUAACUUAUCAGGCAAUCAGUUUUCGGGGUCAUUGCCUUUCCAACUCUGGUCACUGUCUGGGCUUCGAGCACUUGAUUUAUCUGAUAAUUUGUUGGAUGGUGAAAUCCCUAAGGGCAUUGAAGCUUUGAACAAUUUGAGGGCAAUAAGUUUGAGAAACAAUCAGCUUACUGGCGAAGUGCCCGAAGGAAUUGGGAAUUGUUUGUUGUUGAGGUCCAUCGAUUUGAGCCAGAAUUUGCUUUCUGGAGGGCUUCCAAGCACAAUGCAGAAGCUCUCCUUGUGCAAUGAUCUAGUUUUAGGCAACAAUGGAUUCAUAGGCGAGGUGCCUCAAUGGAUUGGAGAUAUGAGAAGCCUUGUGACCCUUGAUCUUUCUGAAAACAACUUCACUGGCCAAGUUCCUGAUUCUCUUGGGAAGCUUCGAUCUGUGAAGAUUUUUAAUGUAUCCAAGAAUGCCCUCACUGGAAGCUUGCCUGAGGCUAUGAGCAAUUGUGUAAAUCUUCUAGCUUUUGAUAUUAGUCAUAAUUCUUUGACAGGUAAUCUUCCUUCUUGGGUAUUCAAACUUGGUUUACAGCAAGUUCUGUUGUCGGAUAACGGGUUAAGUGGGAGCAUAGAUGAUGCUUUGGCUUCGUCGAAGGAGAAUUCACGCACGAAGCUUUUGAUUUUGGAUAUCUCCCAAAAUAAGCUAUCUGGUGAAAUCCCAUCUACUGUGGGGGAUUUGGGCAGCUUGCAGCUGCUGAAUAUGUCGAGGAACUCAUUUGUGGGCACUAUUCCCGCAAGAAUUGGACAACUGAAGAGCUUAAGUAUUCUGGAUUUUAGCGAGAAUCAGUUAAAUGGCAGCAUUCCUUCAGAGAUUGGAUUACUCAAGUCUCUUAAUGAAUUGAGCUUGGAGAAGAACUCAUUGUGGGGUAACAUUCCUACCUCAAUUGGAAAUUGUGCUGGACUUAUAUCCCUGUGUCUUGCCCAUAAUGAAAUAACUGGUUCUAUUCCUGCAUCUCUUGCAAAGCUUACUUACCUUACAGUUGUAGACUUCUCGUUCAAUAGAUUGACAGGAGCUAUACCAAAGCAGCUGGCCAAUCUUGCAAGCCUUCAGUUGUUUAACAUCUCGCAUAACCAGCUACAAGGUGAACUCCCAGCUGGUGCUUUUUUCAACACUAUUGAUCCAUCUUCUCUAUUUGGGAAUCCAUCUCUUUGUGGGGCGGUAGUGAAUAGAAGUUGUCCUACAGUCCUUCCCAAACCAAUUGUACUCAAUCCGAACUCUACUGAUGCCACGCCUAGUACCAUCACACAAAGUCUUGGUCGUGGGAAGAAAAUUCUCAGCAUUUCGGCACUAAUUGCUAUAGGUGCAGCCGCUGCAAUCGUCAUCGGUGUAAUUGCUAUCACUGUGCUUAAUCUUCGUGUACGUGCUGCUACGUCUCGGUCUGCUGUAGCUCUUAAUUUUUCUGGUGCUGAUGAUUUCAGCCAUUCACCAUCUACAGACGGUGAUUCAGGGAAGCUUGUCAUGUUUUCAGGCGAUCCCGAUUUUAGUACUGCAACACAUGCACUUCUCAACAAAGAUUGCGAGCUUGGUCGUGGGGGUUUCGGGGCUGUGUAUCGGACUAUUCUUGGAGACGGGCGUUCGGUUGCCAUCAAGAAGCUCACUGUUUCAAGUCUUGUCAAGUCUCAAGAAGAUUUUGAAAGGGAAGUCAAGAAGUUGGGCAAAGUUCAUCACAGUAAUCUCGUGGCACUCCAUGGUUAUUACUGGACCCCAUCUCUUCAGCUUCUCAUAUACGAAUUCGUCUCUGGUGGGAACUUGUACAAGCAUCUCCAUGAAGGAUCUGCAGAAAGCUACCUGUCAUGGAAUGAAAGAUUCAACAUUAUUCUUGGGGCAGCUAAAGGCUUGGCUCACUUGCACCAAAUGAAUGUCAUCCACUACAACUUAAAAUCGAGCAACAUCUUGAUCGACAGCUCGGGAGAACCUAAGGUUGCCGAUUACGGUUUAGCCAAACUCCUACCGAUGCUAGAUCGUUACGUACUGAGCAGCAAGAUUCAGAGUGCGCUCGGUUACAUGGCACCUGAAUUUGCAUGCAAAACUGUUAAGAUAACUGAAAAAUGCGAUGUCUAUGGAUUUGGCAUUUUGGUUCUAGAGGUCGUCACAGGGAAGAGGCCUGUCGAGUACAUGGAGGAUGAUGUCGUUGUGCUGUCGGACAUGGUAAGAGGAGCAAUGGAAGAAGGCAAAGUUGAGGACUGUGUCGACGCUCGGUUCCUGGGAAAGUUCCCUGUCGAUGAGGCAAUUCCGGUGAUAAAACUAGGCCUAAUCUGCACAUCACAAGUGCCGUCGAACCGGCCUGACAUGGCAGAAGUCGUCAACAUACUCGAGCUGAUCAGAUCUCCAUCAGAAAGCCAGGAUGAGUUGGGUGAGUUCAGCUAACUGUUAGGAGCUCAGGAUACAUCCAUUAACACUGGCUGAUCUGGGGAAGAAGAAUCCGGUUCUGUUUUACUCUGUUAGGACUUAGGAGAAGUGAAAUUUUAUUGCUUGCAUUCUUUUGCUUCCAUUUAUGUUGUAUUUCUUGAAAUUUUCAGUCCAUUAGUUUAGUUUCUGUAGUUUCUUGUCCAUGUUGCUACUUGGCUACCGGAUUCCUUUUCACCGGCUUGGAGUUCAGAACCCUGUUGGAAAAUAUUACUGAUUCAUUUGUUGCUUCCUUUACUUACUGCUGUCGUAGCUUAUAAAGCCUCUUAAGACAGUGCUGUUUGAACCUCUUGAGUUAUAA